AUGGCAUCUCAACAAGUUGAUACUCUAGUGAUUGGUGCAGGUCCAACUGGUUUGGGUGCUGCUAAGCGUCUCAACCAACUUAAUCUUGGAUCUUGGACGCUUGUGGAUGCCAACGAAGAGGCCGGUGGGCUUGCUUCCACAGAUGUAACAAAGGAAGGAUUUCUUUUCGAUGUGGGUGGUCAUGUUAUUUUCUCCCACUAUGCCUAUUUUGAUGAUGUACUUGCCCAGGCUCUCCCAAACAAAGAGGACUGGUACGAGCACCAGCGUAUUUCGUACGUCCGCAGCCGCAAUGUGUGGGUGCCGUACCCGUACCAAAACAACAUCUCGAUGCUUCCAACUGAUGAUCAGGUGAAGGCCAUUGAUGGCAUGAUUGAUGCUGCUGAGCUGCGUAUUCGCGCCAAAGAGCCCCCCCAGACAUUUGACGAAUGGAUUAUUCGUAUGAUGGGCGAGGGUAUUGCUGAUCUGUUUAUGCGUCCAUACAAUUUCAAAGUGUGGGCUGUGCCAACAACUAUGAUGCAGUGCAAGUGGCUUGGCGAACGAGUGGCCGCACCCAACCUGAAACUCGUCGUUUCCAACACUCUGAACAAGAAAAUUGCUGGCAACUGGGGCCCCAAUGCCACGUUCAAGUUUCCUGCCCGUGAUGGUACCGGUGGCAUUUGGAAAGCUGUUUCAAAGACGUUGCCUCAGGAAAAGCUGCAAUUCAAGAAGAAAGUACUCAAGGUGGACGCUGCUGCGCACACGGCAUAUCUGAGUGAUGGUUCGUCAAUCAAGUACAAGCACCUCGUGUCUACGAUGGGUUUGGACUACCUUGUGAACACGCUCGAAGGUAUUGACAGUGACUUGAAGCAGCGGCUACAGAAGUCUGUGACUGAGAAGCUCGUCUAUUCCUCGACUCACGUCAUUGGUAUUGGUAUCCGUGGUGAGCUGCCCAACCGUAUUGGCGAUAAGUGCUGGCUGUACUUCCCUGAGGAUGACUGUCCCUUUUAUCGUGCAACCAUCUUCUCUAAUUACAGCCCGAACAACUGCCCUCAGAAGGACGCCAAGCUUCCAACGCUGCAAUACGCUGACCCCGCGCACGGCACGCCAUCAUCGGAGGCCAAGGAGGGUCCUUAUUGGUCGUUGAUGAUGGAAGUUUCUGAGUCCCAUCUUAAGCCUGUGGACAACGACAAGUUGUUGGAGGAUACAAUCCGAGGCUGCGUGAAUACACAGCUCCUUCUCCCCGACAGCGAAAUUGUCAGUACAUACCAUCGCAAGUUUACGCCUGGCUAUCCUACCCCCAGCCUAGAGCGUGAUGCUGGUCUACAGGAGAUUCUUCCUACGCUUUUGGAUCAGUUUGAUAUCCUGAGCCGUGGUCGCUUCGGCUCGUGGAAAUACGAAGUGGGUAAUCAGGACCACUCUUUCAUGCUUGGUGUUGAAGCCGCUGACCGUGCUCUGUUCGGUAGCCCCGAGGUCACGCUGGAAUCGCCCAACUUUGUAAACGGCCGGCGCAACACUGAGCGCCGCUUGACCUAA